AUGCCCCGGUUGGAAAGAUACAAUGAAUCGUCAGAAACAGGGCCAAGUGUAGGCGAAUUAAGUGCCUACUUAGGGCCCUCGGAGGUACCAGAAGGCCCUAAGAAGAAUCUGAUUUUUAUUAGAACACAAGAGGAUGUGUCUCUCUCAAUCUUCUACUGUGUUCUCCCACACAGUCACUGUGUUCUUUCUACUGUGUUCUCCCACACAGUCUGUGUUCUACAGUCUACUGUGUUCUCCCACACAUCUACUGUGCAGUCUACUGUGACACAGUCUACACAGUCUACUGUGUUCUCCCACACAUCUACUGUGUUCUCCCAACAGUCUACUCCCACACAGUCUACUGUGUUCUCCCACACAUCUACUGUGUUCUCCCACACAGUUUCUCACUGUGUUCUCCCACACAGUCUACUGUGUUCUCCCUCUGUGUUCUCCCACAUUCACUACUGUGUUCUCCCACACAUCUACUGUGUUCUCCCCACACACUACUGUGUCCCACACAGUCUACUGUGUUCUCCCACACAUCUAGUUUCUCCACACAGUCUACUGUGUUCUCCCACACUACUGUGUUCUCCCACACAGUCUACUGUGUUCUCCCCACACAGUCUAACUCCCACACAGUCUACUGUGUUCUCUCCCACACAGUCUACUGUGUUCUCCACACAGUCUACUGUGUUCUCCCACACAUCUACUGUGUUCUCCCCACAGUCUACCUCUACUGUGUUCUCCCACACAGUGUGUUCUCCCACACUCUACUUGUGUUCUUUCUACUGUUCUGUGUUCUCCACACAGUCUACUGUGUUCUCCCACACAGUCUACUGUGUUCUCCACAGUGUUUCUCCCACAUGUCUACCGUGUUCUCUCACUGAUCCUGUGUUCUCCCACACAGUCUACCGUGUUCUCCCACACAGUCUGUGUCCACACAGUCACUGUGUUCUCCCACACUGUGUUCUCCCACACAGUCUACGUGUUUCUCCCACAUACUAUUCUACUGAUGUUUCUCCCACACAGUCACUCCCACACAGUCUACUGUGUUCUCCCACACAGUCUACUGUGUUCUCCACACAGUGUGUUCACACAGUCUACUGUGUUCUCCACACAGUCUACUUCUACUUGUUCUGUGUGUUCUCCCACACAGUGUGUUCUCCCACACAGUUACUGUGUUCUCCCACACCAGUUCACUGUGUUCUCCCACACUCACUGUGUUCUCACACACACUGUUUCUCCCACACAGUGUUCUCCCACACAGUCCACUGUGUUCUCCACACAGUACUGUGUCCCACCACAUCUGUGUUCUCCCCACACAGUACUGUGUUUCCCACACAGUCACUGUGUGUUCUCCCACCACACUGUGUUCUCCCACAGUCCACUGUGUUUCUCCCACACAGUACUGUGUUCUCCCCACAGUCACUGUGUUCUCCCACACAGUCACUGUGUUUCACACACCAUCUGUGUUCUCCCACACAGUGUGUUCUCCCACACAGUCCACUGUGUUCUAACACAGUCCACUGUGUUCUCCACACACACUCCCACACAGUGUGUUCUCCCACACAGUCCACUGUGUUCUCACAGUCACACACAGUCCACUGUGUUUCUCCCACACAGUCCACUUGUUCUCCCACACAUCCACUGUGUUCUCCCACACAUUCCACUGUUGUUCUCCCACACAGUCCACUGUGUUCUCUCACAACCACUGUGUUCUCCACCCAUACUGUGUUCUCCCACACAGUCCACUGUGUUCUCCACACAGACACUGUGUUCUACUAA